CGUAAGAAUUUUCAAAAAAACAUGCUUAUUAAAAAUUUUAAUUUUGUCAAUUGUAUAAAAACAUUUACAAAUAAUGGCUCUCAAAGGUAUGUUACAAUUAUUAGAAAAUAUGCAAUUCUAACCCAAGCCGCUCCUGUAGGGAAAAAAUCAUUUGUUCGUAAUAAACCUCAUAUUAAUAUAGGCACAAUAGGACAUGUUGAUCAUGGGAAAACUACAUUGUCAGCCGCAAUAACAAAAGUUUUAUCAAAAAAGAAUUUAGCAAAAUUUAAAAAAUAUGAUGAAAUUGAUAAAGCUCCUGAAGAACGACUUAGAGGUAUAACAAUAAACGCUGCCCACUUUGAGUAUUACACAGAUAAAAGACAUUAUGCACAUACUGAUUGUCCAGGCCAUUUGGAUUAUAUUAAAAAUAUGAUAACUGGUGCUGCUCAAAUGGAUGGAGCAAUAUUAGUGGUUGCUGCUACUGAUGGGACCAUGCCUCAAACUCGGGAACAUUUGUUACUAGCAAAACAAAUAGGAAUCAAUCAUAUAGUCGUUUACAUCAACAAAGCUGACUCUGCUGAUCAAGAAAUGUUGGAUUUGGUUGAGAUGGAAGUCAGAGAAUUACUUAACCAAUAUGGGUAUGAUGGAGAUAACACUCCCAUUGUAUCGGGAUCAGCAUUAUUUGCAUUAGAAGAUAAAGACCCCAAAUUAGGCGAGAAAACCAUACUCAAACUAUUAGAUUGCGUUGAUGAAUACAUUCCUAUACCCGAAAGAAUACUCGAUAAACCAUUUAUGAUGCCAAUAGAACAAGUUUUUUCUAUAACAGGUAGAGGAACUGUUAUAACGGGAAGAUUAGAAAGGGGACUUUUGAACAAAGGAAUGGAGGCUGAAAUCGUGGGAUCUGCUAAACCUAUUAAAACUACUAUCACUGGAGUUGAAACAUUUCAGCAAACCCUUGACAAGGCUGAAGCUGGUGACCAAAUUGGUCUUCUUAUACGAGGUGUCAAAAAAGAGGACAUCAAAAGGGGUUGGGUCGUAGCUAAGCCUAAAACCGUGCAACCCAACAAACGAUUUAAUGCGCAGAUAUAUUUUUUGAAAAAAGAAGAAGGAGGAAGAGAAAAGCCAGUCUUGAAUCAUCAUCGCCCCAUGUUAUUUUGUAUGACCUGGAAUUGUACGGGAGAUUUGAUACUCGGAGAUAAGGCUAUGAUAAUGCCAGGCGAAGAUUCAACAGUUGAAAUAAAUCUACUGAAGCCCAUGGUCAUUGAAAUAGGUAGAAGAUUUACUGUAAGAGACGGUGAUAAGACUAUAGGCACAGGUGUUGUUACAGAAAUAUUGAAACCCUACUCACUACAGGAGGAAGAAACUAUGGCCGCUGAACUUAAAAAAUUGAAAAAAGAACGAAUUAAAUCUGAGCAAGAAAAAGCUAUUUAAAUAAUAAAUUUAAAAAAAAAUAGAUUUAUAACAUUUAAAUUUAUGAAUUUUGUGUUCUCAUAAUAUUCUUU